CUUCAUCUUCUUCUUCUCCUUCUCCUUCUUCUCUCUCUCUCUCGCUCUCUCUCUCGCCAAGAAAAUGGUUCUGAGUUAGGGUUCCACCAAGACACAGAAUAACCGGAGGCAGAUUUCCCCUCAUCCUUCUAUAUAUAUUUUUCUAUUUUAUUUCUCAGCAGCAUGAAUGGAGCAAGGUGAAAUGGAACGAAAACGAAACGAACCGUUCAAUAGUUGAAAAAGACGACAUAGGAAGAGAAAGAGAGAGAGAGAGAGAGAGAGAGAGAGAGAGAGAGAGAGAGAGAGAGAGAUUAGCGGGCGUUACACUUUGCUUUUUCAUUUUUCGUUCUGAUUUUUCUUCCUGAUUUUUGGUUCUGUCAAGAAGAGGACGGCUUCGAUAGAAAUUUGUCAACCCUUAUCUCUGCACUGUUCUCGUGUUUUUGGCGCGUAACAGUAAAACAGACAUGGACUGAAUCUCGCAUGAAAACAAAAACCCAUGUCUUAUUAAUUUUCAACGGCAACACUGGACCAAAGUCAAGACUUACCUGGCUCUCUCUCUCUCUCUCUCUCUCUCUCUAACUUGUAGUGACCUCAUAUUUAGCCUCGUUCUCAGACCUCCAGACAGAAUCUUCACCAAGUCCCAGCCCUAAAAUCACCACUGUACAUACAAGGAAAACCCAGAAGAAUACUGAGAAAGAUGCCUGCCCGAGUCAUGAUUCCGGGGAGAGACAUGUCUUCUAUGAUCGGCAUCAACGGAAACGCCGGUGGGUUCGGGAUUGCUCAGAUUGAAAACCCGUAAGCGUUUGGUUGGGAAUCUUUAAAGGAGAUCUCUAUGAUGGACAUAUUCCAGCAAAACUUGAUGGAUGGUGGCGGUGGUCCGCAGCUUCACCCUCUAGACAUGGCGCAGAAUCCGUCGGAGAGUGAGCUCGCUCGCCUCCGAGAUGACGACUUGGACAGCACCAAGUCCGGCAGCGACAACCAUGAGGGGCCCGCCUCCGGCGACGAUCUGCAGGAUGAGCGCCAGAAGAAGAAGCGCUACCAUCGUCACACCCAGCACCAGAUUCAAGAAAUGGAAGCAUUUUUCAAGGAGUGUCCACACCCGGAUGAUAAGCAAAGGAAGGAACUGGGGCGUCAAUUAGGGCUUGAGCCUUUGCAAGUCAAGUUUUGGUUCCAAAACAAGCGCACUCAAAUGAAGACCCAACAUGAGCGCCAUGAGAACACACAGCUCCGCAACGAGAACGAGAAGCUCCAGGCAGAUAACAUGAGGUACCGAGAAGCACUCAACAACGCUUCCUGUCCCAACUGUGGAGGCCCAACUGCCAUAGGAGAGAUGUCCUUCGAUGAACAUCACUUGAGGCUUGAAAAUGCACGUCUAAGAGAAGAGAUUGAUAGGAUAUCGGCAAUAGCUGCAAAGUAUGUAGGCAAGCCGAUAGCGAACUACCCCCUUCUUUCUUCUUCGGUCCCUCCUCGCCCACUAGAUCAUGGUUUCGCAAGUUUCUCGGGCCAAUCAGGUGCCGGGGGUGACAUUUAUGGGAGCGGGGACUUUUUCCGAUCAAUCACUGCACCGACUGAAGCUGAGAAGCCGAUGAUAAUCGAGCUGGCGGUGACGGCCAUGGAGGAACUGAUCCGAAUGGCGCAGGUGGGAGAGCCCAUGUGGACUAUGGGACUUGAUGGCACUUCAGGCGUGCUAAACGAAGACGAGUACAUUCGAGCAUUUCCUCGCGGGAUCAUAACCAACCCCACCGGAUUUAAGCGCGAAGCCUCGCGAGAAACUGGGGUCAUCAUCAUGAAUCACAUCAAUCUUGUUGAGAUUCUCAUGGAUGUGAACCAGUGGUCUACUAUUUUCUCAAGCAUUGUCUCAAGAGCUAUGACUUUGGAAGUACUAUCAACUGGGGUGGCAGGGAAUUACAAUGGGGCCUUGCAAGUGGUGACAGCUGAAUUUCAAGUUCCGUCGCCGCUCGUUCCAACUCGGGAAGUUUAUUUCAUCCGCUACUGCAAACAACAUAACGACGGGACUUGGGCAGUGGUUGAUGUUUCUUUGGACACUUUACGCUCAAACCCAGCGGUUCGAUGCCGUAGGAAGCCUUCGGGAUGUCUGAUUCAAGAAAUGCCAAACGGAUACUCUAAGGUCACAUGGCUUGAGCAUGUGGAAGUAGAUGACAGAGGAGUGCAUAACCUAUACAAGCAGCUUGUUGGCUCUGGCCAUGCUUUCGGGGCCAAACGCUGGGUUGCUACAUUAGAUCGACAAUGUGAACGUCUCGCAAGUGCCAUGGCAACUAAUAUUCCGAGCGGAGAUGUUGGUGUCAUAACGAGCCCCGAAGGGAGAAAGAGCAUGAUGAAGCUGGCUGAGAGGAUGGUAAUAAGCUUUUGUGCCGGAGUCAGCGCAUCUACAGCUCAUACAUGGACGACAUUAUCCGGAACCGGAGCAGACGACGUGCGUGUGAUGACUCGGAAAAGCGUGGAUGAUCCGGGCAGGCCUCCCGGAAUAGUUCUAUGCGCUGCCACUUCCUUCUGGCUGCCGGUUUCCCCCAAGCGGGUAUUCGAUUUCCUUCGUGAUGAGAAUUCUCGAAGUGAGUGGGAUAUUCUCUCAAAUGGAGGGAUUGUUCAAGAAAUGGCACACAUCGCCAAUGGCCGGGACACCGGCAACUGUGUGUCUCUGUUGCGAGUAAAUAGUGCAAAUUCAAGUCAAAGCAACAUGCUGAUAUUGCAAGAGAGCUGCACUGAUGCAACGGGCGCUUUCGUGGUAUAUGCUCCAGUCGAUAUCGUCGCAAUGAACGUGGUUCUAAAUGGUGGAGAUCCCGAUUACGUGGCUCUUCUUCCCUCAGGGUUUUCCAUACUUCCUGAUGGCUCGUCCAAGCAAGGCGGUGGUGAAGUGGCAUCUGGCGGAUCUCUCUUGACCGUCGCAUUUCAAAUUCUGGUCGAUUCGGUCCCGACUGCAAAGCUUUCUCUGGGAUCGGUCGCAACCGUUAACAAUUUGAUCGCUUGCACUGUCGAAAGGAUUAGGGCUUCUUUAUCGCCUGAGAACAAUUAACUUCUCAUGCACAUUGUUUAAUGAAGAAGGCAAGAGCAGGAGUGAGGAGGUGGGAGAGAAGGCGAUUAAGGGACAGUAUAUUAACUCAUAGAGUCAUUUGGAGAAGUCAAGAACGCACCUCGUAUGAUCCCCCGCGCUUUAUUUGGCGUCUAUUUCGAGCACUGGACUGACCUCAAGCAUUCUCCGAAGCAAGCGCGACGAUAAGAGGUUCGGGAAUUGACUUCUCGGAACAAAGAUAAUCAGAGAACUCCAUUAAAUUAUGUUGUUAACUUCAGUACCUAAAGCAGAAGAGUCCGGUACUAUUGGUUUUCGCUAGCUUUUAGCUUUGUCACAUGUCCAGAGAAAGAAAAGAAACUGGGUUUAGCUAGGUUUAGGGCUUUUACAGUUGUGGAAUUUGAGGAUGCUGUCUGUUUUAUUUUCAUGAAUUCGUAUCAAGGGCAGUAAAGCUCACAUUCUGGCUAUGGCUAGCAUCGGAUUUGCUUCUUUUCU